CUCUCGAGCAGCACCAUGUCACUCUCCGUGCGCACCUCUGGGCUGUCCCAGCGGCUGUCCUCCCAAAGUGGGACACUGGGCAGAGCCAGGGGCAUUUCUGCCUCAAGCAUCGGAAGCAGCUACGGGGGAAGUGCCUUUGGCUUUGGAGGCAGCUGUGGGGGAGGCUUUUCAGCUGCUUCCAUGUUUGGUUCUAGCUCUGGCUUUGGUGGUGGCUCUGGAAGUUCCUUUGCAGGAGGACUGGGCGCUGGUUAUGCAGGAGGCAGGGGAGGUGGCUUUGGAAGCCUGGGGAUCGGAUUUGGGGGAAGCCCAGGAGGGGGCUCUCUAGGGAUUCUCUCUGGCAAUGAUGGAGGCCUUCUUUCUGGAUCAGAAAAGGAAACUAUGCAAAAUCUUAAUGACAGAUUGGCUUCCUACCUGGACAAGGUUCGAGCUCUAGAAGAGGCUAACGCUGACCUAGAAAACAAAAUUCGAGAAUGGUACGAAACACGAGGACCUGGGACUGGAGACCCCAGGUCACAGAAUGAUUACAGUAAAUAUUAUCUGUUGAUUGAAGACCUCAGGAAUAAGAUCAUUUCUGACAGCACUGCAAACGCCCAGCUCCUCUUGCAGAUCGACAACGCAAAACUGGCUGCCGAAGACUUCAGAAUGAAAUACGAAAAUGAGCUGGCCCUGCGCCAGAACGUGGAGGCCGACAUCAAUGGCCUGCGCAGGGUGCUGGACGAGAUGACCCUGGCCAGAGCUGACCUGGAGACGCAGAUCGAGACCCUGAAUGAGGAGCUGGCCUACCUCCGGAAGAACCACGAGGAGGAGCUCCAAAGCUUCCGGGCCGGGGGCCCAGGCCAGGUCAGCGUAGAAAUGGACGCUGCCCCCGGAGUGGACCUCACGAGCCUCCUUAACGACAUGCGGGGGCAGUAUGAAGCCAUAGCCGAGCAGAACCGGGAGGAUGCGGAAGCCUGGUUCAUUGAAAAGAGCGGCGAGCUCAGGAAGGAGAUUAGCAGCAACACCGAGGAGCUUCAGUGCAGCAAGAGCGUGGUCACCGACCUGCGGCGCGCGCUUCAAAACCUGGAGAUCGAGCUCCAGUCCCAGUUCGCCAUGAAGAAAUCCCUGGAGGACUCGCUGGCCGAAACCGAGGGCGACUACUGCGGGCAGCUGUCCCAGGCGCGGCAGCUCAUCGGCAGCCUGGAGGAGCAGCUGCUCCAAGUGCGCGCCGACGCCGAGCGCCAGAGCGCCGACUACCAGCUGCUGCUGAACAUCAAGGCCCGUCUGGAGCUGGAGAUCGAGACCUACCGCCGCCUGCUGGACGGAGAAGCGCAAGGUGACUGUUUGGAUGAAAGUUCCCAUGUGACAGCCUCCACAUCUCAAGCACCGUCAACUGAUUCCUCCAAAGACCCUACCAGAGCCCGAAAAAUCAAGACAAUUGUGCAGGAAGUGGUGAAUGGUGAGGUGGUCUCAUCCCAAGUUCAGGAAGUUGAAGAACUAAUAUGA